AUGGCUGCGCCGGCCAUUGAGGCCAAGUCGUUAUCGUCUCUUACAGCGCUUGCGUCGAACCCGCCAUCAUACCCAAGGAAUCCAACGCAUCUGAAGCAUGAGCCGUUGGUGCUAUACAUCGCUCGCGUGCCGGGCAGUAGAGAUGUGUUCCUCUCUCCGCUGAAGCCCCGUGAGAAGGUGGUGACAGCAGAGGAUAUCCAGAGCUCGCUGUACUUUGUUCACGUAGAGCACCCGGAAGAUGCCCGUCUGGUUGAUCCUCCUUCCUUUCGAGAGCCUGAUUACAGCGAGCAGCGUCCACCGUUGCCAGACCGGCCCUCGGCGACAACCGUCCAACGGAAAGCAAUCCCUGGUGCUUUGGCACCACCUGCCGCACCGCCUGCUCCGAAGAGAAAACCAGUUUAUGGGACACUUGCGCCGGUCAAUGAUUUCGAAAGCAGGCAAAACAUCAGUGCCGCGAAUCACCUACCAGCGGCUUCCAAUCUCUUAGGGCCCAAUUACAGUCCACGGCGCUCUUUUGACACUUCACGACAUCAAGCAGAGGAGGAGAGACCUGCACUGCCUCCGAGACGACCAUCCGAACAGGCCUAUCCUCAGGGAACCUCCCUUACGCUCAUUCGGCGCGACCCUGCCUCUGGCGCUCAGUGGAAUGUUGCGCGCAUCGACGAUCUGCCCGUCUUGGAUGUGUCCUCCUCUACGAUCAAUGAGCCUACUGCCAAGAAGAGAACAGGCGCACCCAUGUACAUCGACAUCACCAAUCCGGGCUAUUCCAAAUUUCUUCAUUCCGAACAAGGAGCCAUGACCACGGCGUCCCAAACUGAGCAAGCCGACAGAGAUAGUAACGUCUUUCGUAGGCGGUUAUGGAUGGAAGGAUCGAAAUACGCGAGUGGUGGCUUUGGUCAUCGAAAAAUCAACUCGCACGAUUCAGGCCUAUCGCGUCAAAGCCCAAGAAAUAGUGUCGAGGGCUGGCAGCACGACAGGUCGUCUAUGGAUCUAAGGCCACCCCCUGCUACACCGCCUGUUCUAUCCCGAGAACACCAGUCCUAUAGCACAAUUCAAGUGUCAGACAAGCAGACGAGCUUUCGAGGGUACGUGUUCAUGAGCCCUUGGAAUGGGCGUUGCGAGUUUAUUACUGGCGCCGGAGGAGGUUCGUUGAAAUGUCGGCAUCUCGUCCCAGGCCUCCAAGGUGCACCGCCCAUGGCCAUGCCCGUUAGCGAAUUAAGGUUCAACCUCCCAAGCAGCUCAAAAGUGUCAACACCUCGGGGCGAGGAACAACCGAAGAGAUCUUCUUUCUUCCACCGACCGCGGCACAGUCGUCACAACUCGUCGGUAUCAGACUCACGUGGCGACAGCACGGAGGACGUCAGGAGCUCAUUUGACCGCAUGGAUCUAUCACUAGGACAAGAAUUUGCUGGAGGUGGUUUCGGUGGCAAGCACGCGAAACUGGGCAAACUUAUCAUUGAAGACGAGGGCUUGAAGAUGAUGGAUUUGUUAGUAGCAGCCAACCUAGCACUAUGGUGGAGAGCAUACGAGAGGCGGGAUACAAGGUCCAAGGGCGAUCGCGGUGGUAGCUUUUAG